AUGAAUGGACAUUUAAAGAGCAAACAUAAAAAUACUUUAUUAUCUAAUAAAGAUAAACCAAAGAAUCCUGAGGCAUCAGUAUCCGAGAUUACUGUGGCAUCAACAUCAAAUAUUCAUGAUUUACCUGCAAGUUCCAUUGAACAAAAUAAAGACCAUAACGUAUCCAAUGAAACUUUUAUGGGAGCAUUUAAACGGCAAAAAACGAUUUCAGAAUCAUUUGGUGUUAUGGCAUAA